CGCGCGAGGCUUGACAGUUCGGAGAAAGUCGGAGGAGCGCGGCGCGCGAGGCUUGACAGUUCGGAGAAAGUCGGAGGAGCGCCUCGUAUCGCCCAAAGCGAGGGUCCCGCUGGGAGCGAGGAAAAGGAGACAAGAGGCAGAGAGAGAACGCGAGAGAGUUGUGCCAGCCCCGCGCGCCCGCUCGCCCGGUCUGUGAACCAAUCCAUCAGCCAAGCAAAAGGAGCGCGCGACAGCAGGGCUCCAGGACUCCCCUCAUGGCAGCGGCGCGCGCAGGGAAUCCCCAGGAAUUGUCUCGCGCCGUCCAGCUGACCGCGUUGCUGCUGUUGCUGCUGUUGCUGCUCACUUACAAAGCGGAUUCUUUUGCUGCUGCUUCGUGACGGGGUCAUUCCUCCCCCUUCCCCCGCGCGCUUUUGCAUCUUGAGGACACUUUAAAGAAGAGUUCUUUUCGGACUGUAUCCCCCUCCACAUUGCAAGUCAGACAUUCAUGAGGCAGCCUCCCCCGGGCGACGUCGAGAUGGCGCUCAGCGGCACCCUGCUCCCCUCCAUCGCCACCUUCGCCGCCGCUGGGACAGCAGCCGGCAGGGAGAAGGCCCUCCGACAAGCUGCCGCCUGCAACAAGUGGAGAGAGGACCUAUCUCAUCUCAAGAGGUUCCCACCUGUGCUGACAGGGCGACCCUAUGACUUGUCUUCUGAACUGGAAAACACCAGCAGCAACAGUAGUGUGAUGUCACGGCGAGAGACGGAGGAGCUGAAUGAGCUGCUGGACUUUGACUUCAUCCUCUCCAACUCUCUCAUGCCCCAGGAGCAACCCACAGCUGCCGCAGCCGUGGUGAGCUCUGUUCCUGGCUCCUCGCCCUCUGUUACUGGCAACACCUGCCCUUCCGUGACUACCUGUGACUUCACUUACCAGCUGCAAAGAGGGGAUCAUGCUGGGGGCAUCCUAUACAACAGGGAACAGGCCACAGCUGCCCCUUUCAAUCUGUCCGAUAUCAACGACGUGUCCCCUUCGGGCGGAUUUGUAGCUGAGCUGAUGAGGCCAGAUCUGGACCCUGUCUAUAUGCAGCAGCAGCAGCCGCCCUUGCUGGGCAACCUGCAUGGGAAGUUUGUGGUGAAAGCCACCUUGAACAUGGGGGAGUACAAUAACCACAUCAGUGUUAGCAGCAAGAACAACACGGCUGCAACCUCCCCUUGUGCAGAUGGCCCCGUGCCGCCUCCUGGCUAUAACCACAUGCCCACGAUGUGCCCCAAAAUCAAACAGGAGGCUGCCCCUUCUUGCACCAUUGGCCAGUCCCAUGGAAAUACUCCAAGGGCGCAGCCACACGAUUUCACCUUGGGUCGGCCACUGCCUAGCAGGACUAAUCCUCCCUUGACUCCAGAGGAGAUGAUGAGUAACAGAGACUGCCAUCCUUCCCCACAAGGCUUAAGCCACCCGGGUCUGCCGGUUCCUCCGGGCUACCACCCCGGCCCAGGAUAUCCUCCUCCUUUCCUUCCAGAGCAACUGCCACCAAGUGCACUCCAGUAUCAAGGUCAGUCUUGCUAUCUAAAUGUUUUUGGAGAGCUUUUAAACAUGCCUCGUGUGGUGCAAGGGAUGAUGCUGACUCCGCCCUCUUCACCUCUAGAGCUCUUAACUCCAGGGGGCUGCAUCUCUGAAGAGACCAAACCAAAGAGGGGACGGAGGUCGUGGCCCAGGAAAAGGACUGCAACGCACACGUGUGACUACGCCGGCUGUGGGAAAACGUACACAAAGAGCUCGCAUCUCAAAGCACACCUGCGGACCCAUACAGGUGAGAAGCCAUAUCAUUGUGACUGGGAAGGCUGUGGCUGGAAGUUUGCCCGCUCCGAUGAACUCACGCGCCACUACAGAAAACACACGGGCCACCGCCCUUUCCAGUGCCAGAGGUGUGACAGAGCGUUCUCCAGGUCUGACCACCUUGCCUUACACAUGAAGAGACACUUUUAAAACAGAACACAGUGGACUUUUUUUUUCCUUUACUGCCAUGCGCUAUUCAGUAUUUGACAGCACAAAAGACUGUCUUCCACAAGAGGGGAGCACUCCACUUAAAAAGCACUACGAGGAAUUCCAGUGAAGUCUUCCAAAAACAUUAAGUGUGGACAAUUUUUUCAAAAUCAUGGGACUGUUUUUUUUUUUCACCAAAAAAUAAAGCAGGGGAACAAUGACUGGAUUUUGUUUUCAUCAUUCCAUUUUUUAAAAAAAAAAAUCUGACUUGAAUCUUUUCUGGACUACAGAAUGCCAAGGGUUGACUGGAAGUCAAGGAAAUCAGGGUUAAAAUAAUCUGUUGUGGGGAGGGAGCAAUGGGAGCUUAUGUAAGGAGGCCAUGGGUGAAAACAGAUGGAACAUUGAUAGAGCCAUGUAGCCAUUUUAGAAACUUCUUUACCACAUUCAAUCCAAAUGUUUCCUUUUUCUUCUCCAAAGUUAAAGGCUAACAAACUAGCCAAAGGCUGAUACUAUUUCACAGAUGACCGAGACCCCUUCCACACAGCUAAAUAAAAUCCCACAUUUUCUGCUUUGAACUGGAAUAUAUGGCAAUGUGGACUCAGAUAACCCACUUCAAAUAAGAUAUUGUGGAAUUUUCUGCCUUGAUGACGACUAAAAUGAGAACUGGAGAACAAGCCCUAUGAGGAGCGGUUUAAAGAGCUGGGCAUGUUUAGCCUGCAGAAGAGAAGGCUGAGAGGAGACAUGAUGGUCAUGUAUAAAUUUGUGAGGCGAAGUCAUAGGGAGGAAGGAGCAAGCUUGUUUUCUGCUGCCCUGGAGACUAGGAUGUGGAACAAUGGCUUCAAACUACAGGAAAGGAGAUUCCACCUGAACAUUAGGAAGAACUUCCUCCCCGUGAGAGCUGUUCAGCAGUGGAACUCCCUGCCCCAAAGUGUGGUGGAGGCUCCUUCUUUGGAGGCUUUUAAGCAGAGGCUGGAUGGCCAUCUGUCAGGGGUGCUUUGAGUGCAAUUUUCCUGCUUAUUGGCAGAUGGCAUGGCCCAUGAGGUCUCUUCCAACUCUAUGAUUCUAUGAUAUUCUGGGUUAUAUGGCCUUGUGGAAGGGCCCCACACAGCUUUUCUCUCACUGCCUGCCCCUCUCUUCUUAACUGAAAUUCCUAGGGGAGUUUUGCAAUAUUUUUAAAAGCUUUUGUAUUUAAGGAGUCAGAUUAGCAAUAGAAUAUACUUCUACCUAAAUGAAAAAGAAGUACAAUAAAGGGAAGCUGCAACCUUUAAAAAAAACAGAUAGAGGUAAUAUCUGAUGUCAAACUCACCGUCUGACUUUAUGGAAGUUCUGUCUGCCAUGCCAAUUCCAAAACCAGGAACAUAUCUGAUUUUCAUCUGAAGAAAAUCAGUUGUUACUGCUCUUAAAAUGCUUCAUCUGUCUUCACCUUUGAAUUCUCUUAAAAUGUCUUUUCAAUGCAAUAUUGUAAGCAUGUUGCAGACUUGCAAUUUCUUUUUCCUCCCAAAAGCCAUUGCUAAACUUUUGUCAGAUGGGGAAGAAGAAAUUCAGGUACAGAUUUGUGGUUAAAAGCCUAUUUUAAUGGUGCUGAAUGACUUUUGGUUCUUAAGGAAAAAGGAAGCCAAAGUUCUCAAACUGCUGCAUAUUCGACAAGGAAAUACGUUUGUCUUCCGAUCUACAUUUAAUGAUGACCUAAGUCAGGUUAAUAAACCUGGCUUAUUUGUGUUUGUGUCUCUUUUUUAAUCUUCUAUGCAGACAGUCUGUAAUGCACUGUGGUUUCAAUGUGCAAUAAUUUGUACAAUGGUUUAUUCCCAAAUAUGCCUUAAGCAGAACAAAUGUGUUUUUUUUUCUAUAUAGUUCUUUACUUAAUAAAUAUGUAAUAUAAAUUUAAGGAGACUUCUAUUUUGUAUAUUUGUAAACUAUGAAGUGAAAAAAUGAACAUUUUGUCAGAGUUUGUAUUUUGCAUAGUCAUUUUGCUGAAAAUAACUUUUAAAUAAACCUAUUUUAUCUGAA